AUGGGUAUGUCUGUUGUGGGCAUGAACUUGACAGACAGCGGCAAUCUUGUGCUGUUUGACAAGAGCAAUGCCGUAGUGUGUCAAUCCUUUGAUCACCCUACAGACUCACUUGUCCUUGGGCAGAAAUUAAGGGUUGGGCAGAAAUUGACCACGCGUACUUCCUCAGUGAAUGGGAUCGAACAAGUUUUACUUUCACUUUCGCUGACUCCUAGUGGUUUAUUUGCCCAGGUAGAGAAUGAUCCUCCGCUGGUGUAUCUCCAUGUUAGCGUAAAUUUUCCUAACACAAGUGAUGACUCCAGUUAUAUUGAAAUUAUCAAAGGAGCCUUGACAUUGUUCAUGAACUCCACAACAAAUGAGUCUGUGCUUUCUGGUUCUGGUUCUGAUUCAUCUGUGAAGUACAUGAAGUUUGAACCCGAUGGACAUUUGAGAUCAUAUCAACUGGAUGGAGUGGACUGGAGUGUAAGAGAUGAUCUUCUUGCACGAUAUCUUGAGGAUUGUGAAUAUCCAACUGUCUGCGGUAAAUAUGGAAUUUGUUUGGACAGGCAGUGUAGUUGUCCAACAUCGAGCGAUGGGAAAAGCUACUUCAAGCCCGUGAGUGAUAGGGAUCCUAAACUUGGGUGCGUGGAAACUGUUCCUUUGUCUUGCGAAGCUUCGCAGUUUCAAACCUUUUUGGAGCUUAAUGACACUUCUUACUUCACAUAUAACAAAGACCCGCAACUUACACCAGAUCUAGCAAAUAUAGACAAGGACAGUUGCAGAGAAGCCUGUGCCAACAAUUGCUCAUGCACAACAGCCUUUUUCCUAAAUGAUUCAGGUUCUUGCUACUUAGUAUCCCAAGUAUUGUCGCUUACAUACUUUGAACAUGCUCCUACCCAUUCCAUUGCUCUCAUUAAAGCACAGAAUGUCUCUAUUGAAGCUCCUUCUCCCUCUCCUAACACAAACGGAGCUCGUGUUUCUCUUGAAAAUAGUAAAAAGUCGAACACUCUUGAGGUCAUAAUACUCGGUUCCAGCAUUGGGUCCCUCUUUGCCAUGAUUAUUCUUAUUGUGGUUGUAAAGUUUCUAGCUCUCUGGAGGCAAGAAGCCGAUGAAGUUGGAGAGGAAUACCUAGAACAACUGCCUGGACUACCUACAAGGUUCACUUAUGAUGAUUUAAUAGCCGUCACGGGGGGGUUCAGUAAGAAGCUCGGUGAAGGAGGCUUUGGAUCUGUCUUUGAAGGUACUUUGAUUGACGGCACAAAAGUUGCCGUGAAGCGUCUUGAUGGAUUACGCCAAAUCAAAAAAUCUUUCCUAGCCGAGGUUGAGACUAUUGGCAACAUUCAUCAUGUCAACCUGGUAAGACUCAUUGGAAUUUUCUCCGAGAAGUUUCAUAGGCUGCUAAUCUAUGAGUACAUGUCCAGGGGUUCUUUGGAUGAGUGGAUCUUUCACAAAUCGAAAGGGUCGUUUGUGCUUGACUGGAGAAAAAGGAGGAGGAUCAUCUACGACAUAGCCAAGGGCCUAAACUAUCUCCACGAAGAAUGUACAUGGAAGAUAAUUCACUUGGACAUCAAACCCCAAAAUAUUCUCUUAGAUGAAAAAUUUAAUGCUAAGAUUGCUGAUUUCGGCUUGUCUAAGUUGCUUGAUAGGGACCAAAGCCAAGCUGUGACUACAAUGAGGGGAACUCCUGGCUAUUUGGCCCCGGAAUGGCUGAGCGCAACAAUUACGGAGAAAGUCAAUGUCUAUAGGUUUGGUGUGGUAGUUCUUGAGAUAGUUUGUGGAAAGAAAGUAUUUGACAGCUCUCAGAAUGAGGGAGACAGAUAUCUAGUUGAAGUUUUCAAGAGAAAGGUCGAAGAAGGGCGGCCGUUGGAUAUGAUGGACCACACUUGUGAGGAUAUGCGACUAAAUCAACCCCACGCGUUCAAUAUUAUGAGGAUUGCUUCAUGGUGCUUACAAUAUGAUUUUUCGAGAAGGCCUUCCGUGUCUAUGGUCAUCAAGGUGUUGGAUGGAGUAAUGGAAAUUCCAGAUGACUUAGAUAAUGACUUCUCACACCGCAGCUCGAUGAAUAUUCAUGUAAUUGUUGGUCAGGAGAACGCUGACUUUUGUGCUACAACUUCUGUGAUACCCUCAAUUCUAUCUGGUCCACGGUAA